CCCAAACACGACCACACUGUGAACCAACAGAUGCGCGCGCAGUUUAACACACAACAGAAAAAUGAAAGACCCCGUGACUUCAACAAAUACAAGAACUCUACUUAUCAUCAAUUUAAUGUCACGCGAGAAACACCAGUGCUACACUAUGAUAAGCUAUCAUCAACAAUGUAUGCCAGUAUGCCUUCCCAGGGGGCCAAGGACAAUUUCUCGAGUUUUCUGGUAAGUUUACGUUUGUCAACAACUACGUUUAAAUUGGUCUCUUAGUAAACCAUGUCAGUAGAUUUUAUAUCUGUGGAGCUAGCCAAUCUUGUAAGGAAGAGGCACACAUGGGGGUCUAGAAAUGAUUUAAUAAUUUCUUAAUUUAUCUGUCCUAGAACUCGAAGAAACCGUUGGAAAAUGUGACGAGAGGAAAUUUUAUUGAUGAUCAAAGCAGACUUUACGUCGAAUGGGUCAAGGUAACUGUGAAUUUUAGACGAUUAUAUCCCAGCCACGGGGGAGCAGAACAUUUACAACCUUACAUUGCAAGAUUUUCCAGUUCAUACUUAUUGUCACGUGAAAAAGUACGAAUCAUUAAAUAUUAUUCAUCGUGGUUGCAUGUUUCACUUCAGCUAUCCCUAAUGGAUGAUUACUUCAUUAUACGAAAAUACAAUGAGCUCAAUCACCGUGACCCUGCACAAAUUAACGUAAACUCCGACAAAAACAUAAUACAAUGACUUCUGUUUAGUUUCCAGAUUAUCAUAUCUUGAUAGUCUAUGACCAUUUAUAGCAUCAUAUACGUCAUGUGUAAUUCAUCUUCAUGAAUUUUUCCACCAGCAAGCAGAACAGCUUGGUUUUACUGCAGAAGAAUUAAACCUUGCGAACCACCUCAACUGGCAAGAUCCUAAAGGACGGAACCCAGUUCAGUGGUUGAAGGACGAGUGGUCUGAUCGCGUAGUAGAAGUGAUUGGUCGAGUCACUCAACAGACAAGCAAUGAAAAUGAUCGCAUUGGAAACUUGAGCACAGAUGAAGCUAAACAAGGACUGCUGGAGAAUCAUGGCAGUGUUGAAAGUGCAUGCAAGGCUUGUAUUGAAUCGCGAAGAGAAAAGGUAAGAGGAUUAUACAAUUACUUUAUGGUUUCCGUGUUUGGAUGGCCCAGUGAUGGCCUGACGCGGGAAUGUUGCGAGAAUUAAGAAAAGCGCGCGAAACACGAGCCGAAGGCGACUGAUUUUGCGCGCUUUUCUUAACUCGAGCAACACUCCCAAGUGUUUGGAUCAGGCCAUCCAAACACGGAAACCAGAAAGUAAUUGUUUUAUAAAAUAACAACUUUCCGUGUUAAAAUUUCACUUUAAAAAACUUUCACUUUAAAUUUCCGUGUUUGGAUGGCCUGAUCCAAACACGGGUUUCGACCAAUCAGAGCACGCGUUAUAUACAUGUUUUUUUAUAAAUUAAUUUUCUUUCCAGUUGGUUUUGCUUGAGUUCAUAUUAACAAGCUUAAUAAUAUUAUCAGGAAAGUUACGUUUUUGUAACUGCUGGUAGUGGUGAGUUGUUGGUGGUACAGUUCACCUCUAACUCAUCUAUUCUUGGUGGUACAAUUCACCUCUAUCUCCCAGAUUCAUUUCCGUUUUUUUGCAGUUGUCUGAUUAUAAUUUCACCUCAUUCACAUGUGAGAAGAGUGCUUCCAGUUUAGAAAUAUACUUAAUUGAUGUUGUUAAUUUGGAAAUUGACUCGAUAUCUUCCCGUUUUCUUCAGCUUGCGAAGAUGGGUGAAAGUUCUUUCUUCAGUCGAGUGGAUUGUCUGAAUGCGUUGGACAGAAACGACGGGAAUUUGGAAGAAGCAUUGCUUGAGUUGGAAGUGAAAGCCUUGGAACCGAUCAGAAGACGAGUUCUUUCACUGCACGACCUGGAAGAUUCCGGACCACGGAGUACCAGCGGGUUAGAUCAAGCUUAUAAAGAAAUUGUUAGAAACAAGAAUGCCCCUUUUGAGGUAAAUAUUUUUUUUAUUGUAUUUUUCGUCUUUAUCUCAUAUGAUUUGCCAUUUUCAUGAAGAACAAUUGUAUUUGUCUCCAAAUACAAGACUACUACAGAUAACGAAUAAAUUAUUGUGGUUUUGUGACAACUGCAGGUUACCAUCAUAUGCUGCAUGAGGGGGAAACCAACCUUUACUUAUUUGAAAGAUAUUUCCUUGCAGCGUCGUGUACGAAUUGUGUUUGCCGAGCAGAAGAUGCAGUCCUGGGGGAGAGCUGAUACAACUGUAAGAUUGGUAGAUAUGGGUUUCAAUUUGGAAGAUUGUAUAGAAGCCGCGGAUGCUUAUGGAGAUAUGGAACGUUCCCUCGGUUAUUUACAGCAGAAUUGCCCGAUAUGUGUUGAGGAUAAGCCCAUGGGUCAGGUAAACCUAAACUAAUUUUUUAUACUGGAUAUAACUCUAUCAGUUCGAGCUAUCCCUUAUCUUGUUAGUGUUAUUGCUGGUUGAAACCUAAGCUAAACUAACUUUAUUAAAAUUUAUUUUUACUGUUGUAAACUGUUAUUUCGAGAGGUCCAAUAAGCCCAUUCCUUAUUGAUGCAGUGUUAUUUUAUAAUGUGUUAUAGUGUAAUAUUAUAACUUACUAGUUAUCCACGUCUUUUUGUUUAGAUGAUUACAUUUCUGAGCUGUCAAGACAAAAUCUGUAAGGUCUGUGUGUCAGAGUACUUGGAAAUCCGUAUUAAAGAAAUGCAAAUUCAUCAAAUUGUCUGUCCUGUGUGUGGUUUGCCUGAUCUCAGAGACGAGGUUGAAGCAGCAUUGUAUUUCAACAAUUUAGAUAUCAUGGUAAAACGUUUUGUCUGUUGCCUUAUUUUGUGUUUUACAGAUAAUCAUUUACCCUUACCAUAUAUUGCGAUAGUUUAGUACGCUGUACAUGUGCAAUUGUAUUUUCAAUUUAGAUGAGAGGGCUUGUUGAACCUGAGACGCACGAUCUGUUUCAAAAGAAAUUGCGUGAUCGCGCUUUGAGGAAAGAACCGAAUUUUAGAUGGUGCGCACACGUAAGUAUAGAAGGAUUGAUGGUAUUGGAGAGAGGGGGGGAGAAGGGGGAGAGGAAUAGGGUGGAAGGAGGGAGUAGGAAGGGAGGCUGGAGGUGGGAAGGAAGAAGGGAGGGAAGGAAUGGAGGAUGAAAGAAAGGAAGUAGGGGGAAGAGAGGGAUGGAUAAAAGAGGAGUAGAUAAGGAGAUUGGAGGAGAAGAGGGAGAAAGGGGAAGGAAGGAAGGAGAAUGAAAGAUGACAUAAAAUUGUGAGUGAAUGAACUAAAGAGUAAAUAUUCUUUUUCUUCAGUGUUCUUAUGGAUUUAUCAAUGAUUUUCCAAACGUAAACAAGAUGCAAUGUCCAGACUGUCAAAGGUUCACCUGCUUCAGUUGCAAAAAACCAGUAAGAUAAUUUCUAGAACAUCUGGGAACAUUGUGAGUAGUCAAGUACUAAAUUAGUUGUCCAUUAAUGUAGUGGGAGGAUCAACAUCAAGGGAUCAGUUGUGAACAGUUUGCUCAAUGGAAGGCAGAAAACGACGAAGAUUAUCAAAUGGCUGGUCUCGCUGGACAUCUUGCACGUAAUGGCAUCGGUGAGUAACUUUUCGAGACCGCAAGAGAACAGUGAAAAUUUUCUGCAAAGAACCAAGAAGCAUUCGUGCUACUAUAUGUGUGUUAUAGGAGAAAACUGCCUGGGGAAACCUAAGAUGUUUUGUAGAGUGAAACUUGAAGAGCUUUGUAUAUAUUUAGAUUGUCCCGAAUGUAAGUUUCGUUAUGAUCUCGCCCGAGGCGGCUGUAUGCAUUUCAAGUGUGGUCAGUGUGGACACGAAUUUUGUAGUGGAUGUUACAAUCCCUUUAAACAUGGUGAGGUAAGUAACCUGUUGUCUUCAGUGGAGGUAGCAUCUGCCCCAGUGUACAGCAUACAGUAAUAUACAGUAUAAAUACAGCACAUCCAGUACAUGGGUUUAUUUCUACUGGUACAGUAAGAUUAGAGAUUUAUUCAUUUGAAAACUGACAACGAUUCGAUACUUGCAAAUCAUGUUUAUAUCCUCAUUUUCAGGUUUGUGAUGUAUCCCCAGAUUGUGCAAGAAAGGGCUUCCAUGCUCACCAUCCGCGCGACUGUCUGUCUUACUUGAGAGACUGGCAACCAGAGAUAUUACAGGAACUGUUGCAAGAAAAUGGCGUGGAUUACAAGGCUGGUGCAAGAGGGUUACCUGUGCAAGGUAUGGUUGAGAUUAUCUCCUGUCUAGGUAGUAUUCUACAAGCGUAGCUCUGGUCAUGUAGGCUCAUUCAUGUGUUAAACAUGAAUCUAUAAUCAUUAUUUCUUCUGUUCACUUCGAAGAUGAUGAAGAAAACCCUGGUGCAGUGGGAGGAGGCCAAAAGUGUAAAGUUAUGUUGCAAAAAGAGGCGGGAAUGGACGAUGUUGAAUGUGGAAUGGUUUGUCAACCUGACCAUGAUGGACUGUGCAAGUAAGAUAUCUCAGUGCAUUGCUAGGUUUCAGUCAGCGUCACAAGCGAUGCAGAUCGUGGUCAACUGCAGAAAUAUUGUCACUUACAGGGACAAGAAAUUAAACUACAUCUCUCAAUUUUAUUUGUCACCAAUGCAUGUUUGCUGCACGAUGGUGCUUGGUGAAACCAGCCAAUAAUUUUGCGCACCAAACAUGGACACGUUUUCAGUCUUUUCAGGUAGUUCCAACAGCUUAAUUUACUAAUCUUACAUUACAUUGACUUAUUUUAGAAAACAUUACACGGAAUAUUUGGUUGAUUUGAUCAAUAAAAAUGGAAUCGAUCCUGCAGAUAAGAUGACAAUUGAUGAAAUGCACAUAGUAUUCCUUCGUUCAAAGAUCCAGCCUCCUGCUCGGGUACAACCUGAAGGCGAUGAUGAUUAUAGAGCGAGACUACUUGAGGUAGGUUACUUUUGAUUUGAUAUAGGAUGAUUAACAUGGUUUGUGAACACCCAGGAUAGUCAUCCGAGAUUUUACGAACAAAAAACCUUGAAUGUGUCCUUGAAUUUAAUUCGGUCGACAAAUGUUUGCGCAAAUGCUGCAAUAAUUUCUCUCCUUAUACGCCCCAUUUCUAUUACGCCCCUCUCUGAUAACUUCCAUUGCUGAUAGGUUCUCCUUUCAUUCGUGCAUACGACACCCCUCCAGAGUCUUGGCUAGGAUUUUAGAUCUUGGGCGUGUUUCUAAUGACCAGGGCGUGCACAUGUCAAUUACCUUGAAUAGCCAAAUCACGGUUCUAGUUAUGCUCGCCAACAAUAAUGCUUGUGGUUGUUCUUUGCUAAUUUGCAACCAAAUACAAGGCGAGCAUACACAGCAGGAACUCUUGGGGGUAUUUAAAACCAUUUUAACACUAUACAGUUCCCAUUAUCCAUCAAAAUAUUAAAACAUUUCGAAUCGCUUUUGCCAAUUCAACAACAACAGUAGAUUUUACAAACUUUCUUACGACGUAAAUAGGAAGAAAUUGAGUCUGAAAUUCGGUCUGUUGUAAGUGGCACCACCUUAUUUUAUAUACAAUAACUAGCCGUGUUUUUCCGCUUUCGGCCGCGAUAACACGGCCCAGUAGCUAAUACCCUGCACCCCUCGAUAUUUAGUCCCCUCUCUAAUAAAGUCGUCGCUCUAAUAAGCCCCCACUGUAAUAAACUCGUCUCUAAUAAGCCCCCUCUAAUAAAUCCUUAGCUAAUAAGGUGUGGUGGUGUUCCUUCAGUCCAUUAAUAUUAUAUCCUACUUUCUCACAGAUAUUGAAACAACAGAUACCUCUACCACGACCCCCCGGAUUACAAGCUGCUGUGGUUGCAGUGCAGGGGGAGGAAGAAUGAAAAGAUCUUGGUGUAGGUACAGCUUAUAUGAUACACAAGGUAUUUUGUAUCGACCGGUAAUACUCGACUACACAAUACACAAUAUUUUUCUAAGUAUGGACAUUCCACUAACCUUUGACCGGAUGGUCAAGAUGGGUCUCACUAGAUGGGUUUCAGUAAGAGACAGCACAUGGCGGUCAUCUCUCAAAGGAAAGACAGAGUUAUGUAUGUAAAUUGUUCAAGGGUUUUUGUAGUUGGAAAUUUCAAGCAGAAGUAUUCAAUUUUCAGACCUCAGCAAGAACAGUUGCGAAAAAUCUAGUGCAACUUUAUAAGCCUUCUGACAGUGGCGCAGGCUAGAGUCCUGCCAGAGAGCUUAUACUGGCAUUUCUCACAACUGCUCCUGGGUGGGUCUGCAAAAAGUCUUCCGCUAGAAAUUCCCUCUACAAAAACCUUCAACUGUUAGUUAUAUUGAGCGAGAUGCGUAAAUUCUUAGUGUGUUGUUCACUCUAUGUAUUCAUCUCGUGUGUGAUGGCAAGCACAUGUAAUGGAACAUUUUGCAUCAUUUGCUCGCUUGACUUUGAACAUCAUGUGUAGAACGAUAUAAAGUACUUACUGAAACCUACACUAACCCAAACGACCAAUAUUCAAGAAUUGAUUGAAGGAAUAAGAACAUGUGACCAAGGCAACGUGAUGAUCGCGCACAAAAUGGAGAAAAUGAUUGAAAAAUGAUUCUUGGAAAUGUUUGGAAAUAUAUAAAUUAUUGUUGACAUAUAGAGAAGAAUAUGCAUAAAGUUAUGCACAUCCGAUUUACUAACUUACUAAUAACACUUUACCUUUUGAAUAUACUACAGUACUGAAUAAUCUUAUCAAUACUCGUCUACAUGCUUAAGUUUUGACAACAAAAGUG